AUGGCAACGCCGUCUAAACACCCUCAAUUUCUUGUCCGAAGUAUCAGAACAGAUUCUUCCUCUGAUGACAAACAACUUCUCCCAACAAAGCACAAAUGUGCAAAGAAGACUUUAGAGCCAGAACCAGAACCAGAACAAGAUGAUGAAAAUGAAAGCAACACGUCUGAAUAUGAGGACGAACUUGACGCAGAGGCAGAGAUUGAAGGAGAGCGUGAAGACGAUGCACAGGCAUCAAAUUAUAUUCAAGCUGAGUAUAUUUGGAUGCUCGAUAAUCAUACUCGCACAGCUAAUUCUACUUCUCGCUCUGGAUCUGGUCAUUCAACUCAAUCAUUCUUACCCACUUUGCCUGGUGAAUUAGGAGAGAACAAGCUGACACUCAAGAAGGCAACUCGUCAUCAAGCACAGAAAUUACGAUCUGAGCUUCCUCAAGUUCGUUCCCAUCCACUUCCUAUUACCCACACCGCUGCUACCACCGCCAUUAAUCAGCUCCCUCAAGUUCGUUCACGUCCACUUCCUAUUACCAACACCGCCGCUCCCACCGCCGUUACUCAAGUUCAUUCCCGUUCACUUUCUAUUACCCACGCUGCCAAUCCCACCACUGUCAGUCAGCUCGACACUGCUCCGGCCGCUCCAGCGUGGCUGGAAUGCACAAACAUUCACGUCAUCAAAAAGGUUCGAACAUUCACUCUUGCUAAGACUGGGCAACCGCCAGUAAUGCUUCAAAUCAUUGACAAAUCCAUUGCAUAUGGGAAACUGCAAAUGAUUUUCAAUCACGAAUACUCGCCGCUUCAUACAUUCAAAAUCAAACAGCUGGCACACGCGUGUCUCAUGGAGAUGGCUGAAAGGUCAGGUCACAAUGGCAAUAAUGAUGUCUGUGACCGGCUUGAGCAUGGAGACCACGAUUCAUACAGUAUUCCCUUGGUAACCUAUGUGAGCUACUACCUUUACUCUAACACUGGCAAUAACAUCUCUUCACAGGUCAGUAGACGCAUUGGAAAUGAACGUGCUGAUCUCAAGGCUCAUUCUUCAACCAUCCUUCAAGCAUUUGGAUUGGUAAACCAUGCAGGUCAUCUCGAAGCAGGUGCGUUGGCUUGCAGACGCACCUACUAUUAUCCUGAAAUGUCCAAUGGGAUGACUACAGGAAGCCUUUCGAACACCCUGUCUUCGCCAGUUUUCUGCGGGAAGCUUUUUUUUUCAUCAACUUACUACAGCAGCAUUGUCAGGCGGAACUUUCAUCUAUUCAAAUCUUUGAACUCCGAGAAGUCAGAAGAGCUUGAGGUAACCAAAGGUAUGGUAGCUCUUGCAGCUGUGGCGCUCAUUAUCAAAAUUUCUAGCGGGAAUUCAAUGACGGCUCAAGAUGGCUGGUGCAAUCAGCAACACCUUGAUGCUGUUGAUUGGGAUGCUAUUGAGAACAGCGAUGAUGAAUCUCAUGUCUACCCCAACCCCGUAGGAGACUCUGAAGAUGUUGCAUCGGUACAUUCUGGAAAUAGUCAUCAUACUGAAGCCUCAACUACUCCUGAUCUUGUUACUAUCAGUACACCAUCGGAUUAA